GAAGCAUCCUUUUCUCAGUCCAAGUCCAAGGAUGUUCCUCUGAGUUGCACGUGGUUUUAACAUUUUUGCCUGGUUUCAGGUAAAUAAAUAAAUAGCUGAUAUUUUGUUGAAGAUAACAAAAAUUCACAAUGGGAAAGAAAACAAAAAUUGGAAAACAGCGGCGUGAUAAAUAUUAUCAUUUAGCCAAAGAAACAGGUUUCCGUUCACGUGCCGCCUUCAAGUUGAUCCAGCUGAACAGAAAGUUCAACUUUUUGCAAAGUUCGAAAGUUUUGAUCGAUUUGUGCGCCGCCCCGGGAGGAUGGAUGCAAGUGGCCAAACAGAACAUGCCCGUGUCGAGCAUUGUGGUCGGAGUCGACCUGUUUCCCAUCAAAGCCAUUCCUGGAUGCAUUUCGCUCGUUGAAGACAUUACCACCGACAAAUGUCGACAGGCGCUGGGCAAAGAGCUGCAGAACUGGAAGGCAGAUGUGGUGCUGAACGACGGAGCACCCAACGUGGGCAUGAACUGGUUGCAUGAUGCCUAUCAGCAGGUGUGCCUCACUCUGCAGGCACUCAAGCUGGCCACACAGUUCCUGCGACCGGGCGGCUGGUUUGUGUCCAAAGUGUUUCGCUCCAAGGACUAUCAUCCGUUGAUCUGGGUGUUCAAACAGCUGUUCAAGAAGGUGCACGCAACAAAACCGCAAGCCUCUCGUUCGGAGUCGGCCGAAAUCUUCGUGGUUUGCCAACACUAUCUGGCGCCGCACAAGAUCGACCCCAAGUUCCUCGAUCCCAAGUACGUGUUCAAGGACCUCGAGAUCGAAACCGUCAACACGACCAACGCGUUUCACCCGGAACGCAAGAAGAAGGCCAAGGCAGAGGGGUAUGCCGACAGUUUCGCUGGUUAUAACACGCUGACUGCUAGUCAGUUCCUGGCCUGUGAGAAUGCUGUUGAAGCGCUGCAAACUUUGUCUGUGAUAACAUUUGAUGACGAUGAAAUCUCGAACCAUCCCAAAACAACAGCUGAGCUGAAGGAAUGCUGCAAGGACAUCAAGGUCCUUGGCAGGAAGGACAUCAGGAUGCUACUGGCGUGGUGGAAGGCACUUCGCGACGAGAAGGACAGUAAAAAGGAGGAAGAAGAAGAAGAUGAAAAGAAGGAGCAAUCAACGGAGGUUGAUGAAAUAGAAAUGUCAGACGAUGAGAAGGAUCUGGAGGACAUUGAGAAGAAAAUUGAAGAACUUGAGGUAAGCUGGUUGAGAGAUCUGAAAAGAAAGAGGAAACGUGUCAACAAGGAGCGUACAAAACUCCACGAAAAAUUGAACUUGAAAAUGGUUUCCAAAGACAAUGAAGGUCCAAAAGAGAUUGAAGAGGGUAUCUUCAGUAUUAAACAAAUCAAAACUAAAGAGAAUCUGGACAAGGUAAUAGAUCAACGACCUGAUUUACUGGCUGAAGAUCCAGUAAAGAAGCAGAAAAUAAAGAAAACUGUUAGAUACGAUGCUGAGCAGACCUAUCUAGAUGAUUCCGGAAAGUUUUAUAGAAAUGUUGGAAGUGACGUGAGUGAAAGCAGUGAUAGUGACGAUAGUGAAGAGGACACUCUGCCCCCUACUAAUGGUCUUGGCAUCAAAAGCAGCCGAUUCUAUGAUGAAGAUGAUGAUAAUGAUGAUGAGUCAGCUGUCAAAAAACAGAAGAAAGAUGAUAAGAGUAAGAAUAAGAAGACGGUCAGGUUUGCGAGUGAUGUGAAAGAAAAUGAUGGUAGUGAUGAUGAUGACAGUGAAGAUGAUGAUGAUGAUGAUGAUGAUUCGGAUGAUGAAAGAAGCGGUAAAAAUCCACUGAUCACAGAUCUUGAUACAAGAGACAGUCUCACCAAAAAGGAACACAAGGCUCAGAUGUGGUUUGCUAAGGAUGCGUUCAAAGAUUUGAUAAAAGAAACAGACGAGGAUUAUGAACUGGAUAAAAUAGCGGCCAAUAUCAAGCAGAAAGGCGGAAAUCUGGUGAACGAUACUCAGGAGAACGGCUCUCUUCCGACGAAAAGGAAAACAGUGGUGGCUGAGAAGUAUACAACUCCUUGUAAAAAACAGAAGAACAAAUCGUCAGAUACUGAUAGUACGGAUUCUGAUUCGGACUAUGAUAUAGAAGAGGCUGAGCUCGAAGGAGCGCCAAAGAUCAAGAAAGAUAAGAAGGCUGGCUUUGAAGUGGCUCCCAGGGAGACAUCAUUGAAAAAGGCAGACAAAAGGAAGCUGUCGGUGGAGGGGUUAGCACUCGGGGCAUUGAUGGCGACUUCCAAGAAGAUGAAGCGGGAUCUGAUAGAUGGCGGCUGGAACAGAUACGUGUUCAAUGAGGAUGGGCUGCCUGACUGGUUUGUCGAGGAGGAGAAAAAGUUCAUGAAGAAAGAGGUUCCAGUGCCUAAGGAGCUGGUAGACGAAUACAAGAAAAAGCUGCAAGAAAUCAACACGCGGCCAAUCAAGAAGGUGAUCGAAGCCAAGGCCCGGAAGAAGAAGCGCGCGCUGAAGAAGAUGGAACGCGCCAAGAAGAGACUGGAAGGACUCAUCGAUAAUCCCGAUAUAUCGGAACAGGAGAGGACCAGGCAGAUUAAGAUGUUGUACAAGAAGGCGAGAGCCACGAAAAAACCGGAAGUUGAGUAUGUGGUGGCGAAAAAGAACAUGACUGGCGCGCGGGUUAGGAGGCCACCUGGAGUCAAAGGUAAGUUCAAGGUCGUUGAUCCCAGGCUCAAGAAGGACACAAGGGCCGAAAUUAAGAGGGGCAAGAAAACUAAGGGUAAGAAUACGAGGAACAAGAGAAAUAAAAGGUGAUAUUAGUGUUGUUUUUUAAAUAAAAUAAUUGUUUUAAAUUUU